UUGGAGCGCAUCCAGGCGGAGAAUGCGAGUGAGUGGGCCAAGCGGGAGAGGCUGGAGUCGGAGAAGCUGGCACUGGAGAGAGACAACAAGAAGCUACGCUCACAGAUCUCUGACUUUGAAGAGGAGCUUGAGAAGAAGAGCCAAACAUCAUCUACUGUGGCCGACUCUGAUCUGAAGACCAUGCAGUUUGAGCUCUCUGAGAGAACCAAGGAGCUGGCCGACCUUCGGCACGUCCACUCAAAGCUGAAGAAAGCUCUUACGGAGCGUGGUACAGAGUUGGAACACACGCGGCGACGUGCAGAGCAGUACGAGGCUGAGGUGCGCAAGCUGCGAAGUCGGGUGGAUGAGCUGAAGCAGGACCUCGCUAAAGCAGAGGAUGAGGUGGAUAACCAAGGCAAUGCUGCCCGCAAAACCCAGAGGGCAAACGAUGAGCUACAGGCACAGGUUGAAAGCUUACAGGUGCAAGUCAGUCACCUGCAGUCAAGGCUGCGCAGCAACAGCAAACAUGGGGCUGUCACGGCGCCACGGUCUACCAGCCUCAGGUCCUUGACCUUGGAAGACUCGGCCGAGCUUGCAGACAGUGAGAAUGAUUAUGAUGAUAUGUAAAGCUCAGGUGAAAGUUAAAGGUUGACAUACUUUUACCGGCUUUUUUUGCCAUGUUUUUAGAUCUGCACAUUAUAUGGCAAGUUGGAUUGUUCAUGUGCAUUUGGCAAAUUUUUCAGAGAGGUACGAGUGCUGGUGACUGAUAUAGCUGUUGUAACGUGAAAUACCACUCGUCUGCUGGGACAUUUCAGUAACCCACUCUCAGCACUUUUCAAGGACCCCUGAGCGACUGUUGACGUCCUGCGAGCUGUCGGCAUCGCUAACCGUUUAUGACGCCACAGCGCCAGAAAGAGAGAGAGAGAGAACAUGAAAUACCAGAACAAGAACAGAAACUCUUAUACCACUACUGUUGGUAAAAAGGAUGGGGCUGAGAGAGAAAGAUCUUUUUCUGCCUGUGAAAGUUUCUCAGGCCGUAUAGCAUACUCUGGAAAAUAAAGUCUCCUUUAUCCUCUUUUGUAAAUUUUAAAAAAUGUGGAUCAUCACAGGAGUAAAAAAAUCCAAUGCUGUCUGCUUAUCCUCCCCUCUUCGUCCCUGUCUUUUUGAUUGCAUGAUGGUCAGAUGAAAAGACUGUUUAGCCGAGUGGCCUACGUUGAUGCAAUCAAAGAGAAUGGAUACUCUCUUUUUUUUUAUGCUACAAAAAGUAACCAUAGAUAGAUGAAAGCAUGUCUUUCUAAAGAUGCUAGCAUAUGGCCACCUGUGCAGUUUUGAUGUAUUUAUUUCAAAAUGGAUUUAGUUUUUUCUUGUUUGAGUCCUACAGUGCUGAAAGAGAAGCCUACACCUUCAUAUCAUCCUGACUUCAUUUAGCAAGCACGGACAGAGAAGACGACGGACCAAAGCUUUUGGUUGUGUUAAGCACGAGUUCAUUUGAUCCUCUUAGUCUCCACUGUGUUUUACUUGUAUAAUGUUACUUUUAGGUCCUUUCUUCAUAUUGGGCUGUUGUGACAUCUCUAGAUUUGUCCAUCUAGCGAAAUUCGCUGAGAUCUGUUGCUGUGGUUUUACUGAGUCACAGGUUGCGGGCGGUAUUGCAUACAGACGUAAGUCAUUCUUGGCAACUUUUGAGAUACGUCUCUACGCAAUACUGCCCGCCAGGUGCAAAGUGAGGUGCAAUUCUAGUUUUUCAUAAAUGUGUCUGCAUGUUUGUUUUCAAAGUGGACAGCAGCUGUGGGCUGUUCUAUUUUAUUUUGAAUGUGUGUGUGUGUGUUCUAGUUUUCAUAUUAGUUCAUUGAAUGUGAUUCUUUUUUACACAUCUUUUGCAAUUUACUAUAUCGUUGCUUCAGAACUUAUUUUUCCAAAGUGCACUUAAGCAAAGAGGCACUUUGGACAAAAUAGAUAUGAGGCGCCGAUAUAUACAGAAAAAUGAUGCUGAUCAAAAUUUCGAGCAGACCAAUACGUAGCAAUAUCUUUGAGAAAA